CGUGUCCCCCCCUGGGGCUGGAGUCCCUGCGGGUGCUGGACUCGCAGCUCCGGGCGUCCAGCCACAAACGGCUCGGGCUGGGAGCGCACCGCGCCCGCCUCAACAUCCAGUCGGGUCUGUCGGACGGCGAUCCCUUCGACGGCGGCUGGUGCGCGGCGCACGCGGACACGGAGCAGUGGCUGCAGGUGGACGCGGGCGGCCCCACGCGCUUCACCGGCAUCGUCACCCAGGGGCUCAACUCCAUCUGGAC